AUGUGGGACCUUAUUUCACCUCUCAUUAAAGGAAUUCACGGUGAACUUACUGAUGAAAUAAAAUAUCAAAAAAUAAAGCAUGAGGUUAAAGAUUGUCGUGAACUUAUUGAAAGGCUAGCUUCAAAAGCCAAACUUGACCCUUUAAGCGUGGAAUUUUCGCAGCAUCGUGAUGAACACGAUAAAUUGAAAUACCUGAGAGAAGAAUAUAAUAUUCCAAAAGCGGGUGAUAUUGCAAUGAGUAAUGUUGCGUCAUUGAAUCCUAAUGAACCUAGUAUAUAUUUUUGCGGUAACUCUCUUGGGCCUAUGCCAAAACGUGCAAGAGAAUUGGUGAACCAAGAACUUGAUGUGUGGGCUUCAUC